AUGCGGUUUGUCGUGAUCUCUCUGCUUCCUCUUGCCACCGUGGUGGCAGGUCAUGGCUAUCUCUGGCAGCCAGAUAGCCGAACAAAGUUGGGUUUCAAGGCUGGCGUGGACACCUGCCCAGAAUGCAGCAUCUUGGAACCCGUCUCUUCCUGGCCAGAUCUCGACUCGGCGGCAAUUGGUCGUAGCGGGCCGUGUGGCUACAACGCUCGCGUGAGCGUCGACUACAAUCAGCCAGGCAGUGACUGGGGAUCUAAUGUGGUCACCACCUAUACAGCCGGUGAAGUGGUGGAUGUUGUCUGGUGUGUUGAUCACAAUGGUGACCACGGCGGCAUGUUUACCUUCCGCAUCUGCCAACAACAAGACAUUGUGGACAAAUUCCUGGACCCAGACUAUCUGCCUACAAAUGCAGAAAAGCAAGAGGCCGAGGACUGCUUCGAAGCAGGUCUGUUGCCAUGUACCGACGUGGACGGACAAGCCUGUGAUUACAGCCCUGACUGUCCUGAGGGCGCAGCUUGCCAACGCAACGACUGGUUUACGUGCAAUGCCUUCGAUGGGUCAAAGUGCCAAGGUGUAGACAAUUCCGCACUCUAUUCUUGCGAUACAACCAUCUCUGGCGGCUACACGGUGUCGAAGAGGAUCAAAAUCCCCGACUAUGUUUCCAAUCACACCUUGAUCUCGUGGAAAUGGAACUCAUUCCAGACAGGUCAGAUCUAUCUCUCUUGUGCAGACAUUGCAAUUCAGUGA